ACCCCUCCAUUGGUCUGCCUCUCCCAACAGCACCCCUGGGUUGGUCCCCAAGUAUCCGGCCACCUGUCCACCUGCCAGGGCCUCUCUGGGGCAGCCAUGAAGUCCCUUGUCCUGCUCCUUUGCCUUGUCCAGCUCUGGGGCUGCCACUCGGCCCCACAUGGCCCAGAACUGGGUUUUAGGAAACUGAACUGCGAUGACCCAGAAACAGAGCAAGUAGCACAAGUGGCUUUAGACUACAUCAAUGAUCACCUUGUCAUGGGAUACAAGCACGUCCUGAACCAGAUUGAUAAAGCGAAGUGGUGGUUUCGGCGUCCCAUGGGAGAGAUAUACGAGCUUGAAAUAGACACGCUGGAAACCACCUGCCAUGCACGGGAGCCCACGCGCGCGGAAAACUGCACCGUGAGGCAGGUGGCGGAGCACGCUGUGGAAGGAGACUGUGAGGUGCGCCUGCUGAAACUGGACGGCCAGCUUAGGGUUGUGUUUAUAAAAUGUGAUUCCAGUCCAGACUCGGCGGAGGACGUGCGCAAAGUGUGUGCAGACUGCCCCCUGCUGGUCUCAAUUAACCAUGCCAAGGUGGUGCACGCUGUAGAAGAGGCCUUGGCGGCCUUCAACUCCCAGAGUAACGGCUCCUAUUAUCUGCUUGAGGAAAUUUCCCGGGCUCAACUUGUGCCUUUUCCAGCUUCUACCUAUGUGGAGUUUGUGGUGGCUGCCUCUGACUGCGUUGCUAAAGAGGUCACCGACCCAGCCAAGUGCAAAUUGUUGGCGGAGAAGCAAUAUGCCUUCUGCAAGGCAACACUCUUUGAGAAGGAUGGUGGGGAAGAGGUUGCAGUGACCUGCAAAGUCUUCCAAACACAGCCUGUGGUUCCAACGCCCCAACCAGAGGACACGGUCGAGGCACUCCGCACCCCUGGGGUGGGCCUGUCUGUGCCCACGACCCCUACGGAUCAGCCAGCAACUGCCCUGGAGGGGAAACCUAUGGUGGUGGAGCCUCCCCCAGGACCCCCCUUAGUGCACCGGAAGCACCAUGACCUCCGCCACACCUUCCCCGGUAUGCAUUCCCUCGAGUCAGCCUCAGGAGAAGUGUUUUCCCCAGUGAAACCCCAUGUGGAGGUGAAGCCUGGGGUUCUUCUUCCCGGCAGUCCAGUGGUCCACCCAUGCCCAGGGAGGAUCAGACACUUCAAGGUCUAGGUUGGACACAACAGAAGAUUAGAAAGUUUGGUGCAGAGAACAUGGCUGCCAUUUUGUCCAAGUGUGGGCAUGGGUGGGAGGCAUUUUCUUCUGGCAAAGCAAAUGCCACAUGUGCUCUAGAUUAAAAUCAAGCCCUGAAUCCCAGCUUCUCAUUCCUCAGAGGACAGAGCAGAGGGGGCAAUAGUUAUGUUUGAUGGAAUACAUAAGGCUGGGAACUUGAGUGUCUUUGUCUUGAUGCUAAGCCACUGCCAUUGUGUUCUCUGUCUUCUGGUUGACCUCAGAAAAACAACCAGAACUGUGGCUUUAAGAGGUGCUCUUGCCAAGCUGUAUUUUUCUGUUAAUAAAGGUGCCUGAAGAAUCUUCCUUCUUAAUAAAGAUUCUAAACCGAAA